GAUCGGCCUGAGAAAGUUCUUCUGUGAAAAAAAGAAAGGAGCAGCAAGAGAGGAAAUCAGCUCUUGAGGUUGGUCUUUUCUGCUUCUCUUUAAAGUUAAGAAACGAUGAAAUGGGAAAGAUGGAAGUUCUGAUUUGAUUAGACAGGGAGGUUUGAGCAAAGGAAUAAAUGUAUGCCACUCCCUCCACCCUUAUUUCUUUGCUAAUUGGUCAGAAACAGCAUCAUAGGUCUGAUGUUGCAGUGGGCAGACUGGGGAGCUGUGCCAGUGGGGGUUUGGUCCUUACGUCAAAGCCUGGGAGCUCACUGCAAUCCCUCCCACAGUGACCCCAUGCAUAGGUCCAGACCACCUGAAGGGUACCUGAAAUGGCACCAGUCCUGCAAAUACACAGUGUCACUUUGUGAAAUGAACUGCCUUACUCCCAAAGCCAGAAAGAGCGGCACAUACCUCAUCCUAUGCUUCAAGCUCUUCAAAGAGAAUGGGCAAAAGAUACUAAGUUGGAAACUGGGAAUCUUCUGCUGCAUGAACAGCUAAGUAAUAGCUAGAAGUGGUACUUCUGUGGUCCUUUCCAUAUAUUCUUCAACAGUGAAAAUGCAAAAUGUUCAUUAGGAAAACAAAGAGGCUGUUAAUUGCAUGACAUUACUCACUUGAGUAAUUUUGCAGUAUUUCUGAAUGCAGCUGAUUUUGGACAACCAAAGAAAGGAUGUAGAGAUAUUUCCAUGUCACAGUGAAGGUACGCUGCGUGACUUUGUGAUGCCUACAGGUACAUGGAAAGAAAGAUGCCUUUCUAAAGUAGCUCGAGCCCAGCUUACAUGUGGUCACCCUCCUGGGAAUGGGUCUGAUGUAGGAGGGAGGGAGACAUCCCUGAAAUCUACUGUGGCUAAAGAAAUCAAGAUCAGCCUUAAAACUGUAUUUGGAGUGAGAAUUAACAUUAGACUGAAUGAACCAAAUGAGAGGGAAAGUAUUCGCUAGUAUGGAAUGAAAAUGUAUGUACUUCUUUAUCUUUAAGGUGUUGGGGGGACAUCAAGGUAGAAUUACAGUGUUUUAGGUGUCAGAUGUUUACAUCUCUCGGUUCCCACUGGGAAUUUUCCAAUCAUCAAAAAUUCAGCCAUAAGAAAUGCACUUUCACCACAGUUUGCAGCUAUUUCUCUCUAACUGAUAACACUAUCAGGCAACCUUUGUGCAACAUAAGAAGCAGAGCAAACGCUUCUCAGGUGAUUUCUUGCUACUCUUGUGUCAUAUAGCUGUUGGUAAUAAGGCUGGGACUUCAGUUGUGUUUUUCUUUGUGCUACAGUCAUGCUAUGAGAUAGCAAGCCCCACAACCUGAAGUAUACCAAGAUAGGGCCUUUGCAGGGUGCUGUGCUGGGGAAGCUUCUGUGAUAGCAGGCUGCUCAGAGCUCAUCCUUAGCCCCAGCUUAUCCAGACACCCCCAAUACCCCAAAGCUCUCACAGUUCCAAAUUACAGUGAUUAAUGUAAUGUGCCUGAUAUUUCACAGCUUGAAGCUGACUGCCAAGGAGUGUCUGUUCCUCCUUUUUCACCACUCAUAAGUUCUGCUCUCCUCUUUUCUCUUCUCCCCUCACUUUUCUCCCUGAUGACUCUGAUUGCGGGUGCACCUCUCCAAAAAAACAACGCAAGAUGGGUUCAGGUUUAGCUGUGGCAAGGUGAGGUUAAUCGCCAAUUAAUGCAGUGCUGAGGUCAGUGCUGUAGGUAAUGAGGCUGAUUAACACUCAGGAUCCUGUAGCAGUGCUUAGCUUUAUCUUUGCUUUUUUCCUUCUGGGAUUAAUCUCAUUUUAUACAUUUGGUCAGCCAGCGUUUGAAUCUCAGGUACAUCAGGUUGGUCUGUCAGACUGCCCCAGGCUGACUUCUCCCCUGAAAAUCCUUUCAGUCAUUGUGGAAUUACACAGAACAGAUUUCUGAACAGAAGAAAAAAGCACAGGAAACCAAUUCCAAACCAAAGAAGUUUGCUCCCUACCAAGCAGAGGGUAUAUUUGGUACAACACGGUAGCAGGACAGAGAUCAGGUGUGUGACACUUAGAUGUUAGGAGGAAAUUCUUUAUUCAGAGAGCGGUGAGGCACUGGAACAGGCUGUCCAGAGAUGUGUGGGCGCCCCAUCCCUGGAGGUGCUCAAGACCAAGUUGGAUGGGCAACCGUGGGUUGGGUGGCAAUCCUGCAUACAGUGGGUGGGUGCAACUGAAUGGAUAUUAAGGGCUGUUAACAUUAAGGGAAGGAAUAGCCUUCCCAACUCAAGCCAUUCUGUGAUGAAAAUAGAUGGGGCUGCUCAGCCCAGAGGGAAGACCAGUCAUCAGGGGUCCUGUGCAAAAGAAAAAGAAGGAAGGAGGAAUAACAUUGAGCAGUGCAAUGGCCCUACGUUUCCGUGUAGAGUAAUAACAUUUGAAGAAGUUGGGGGUGGAUUUCAUGUUUUGUUUGUGUAUGCAUUUUGGUCAUUUUAUGUGGUGGGUGAUUUCUCUGUAGUUUCUAUAUGUAGGCUUUUUUUUUUCCCCUUUGGUAACAUCUUGGCUUUGUUACUCUUGGAGCUUCAGAGAAGCCAGGUGGAGUUUUAGGAUGGUGAUAGACUGUAGCUGAAAUUAAAAUCCAUACUUUUUCUUCUAAGUAUGUUAUUCUGCAAUGCCAAAAACACUGUGGAUUCACUUUUUUUUUUUUCAAAUAAGAAUAUAAUAAUACUGCACCACACAGCUGACUGUUGCUGAUGGCUUUGACAGCUGUGAUACUGAGUUGUGUUACUGAGCAGCCAAGGAAAUUAGGUAGAGAAGUUAGAAAGCAAAACUUACCUCAGACAACUUGCCAGUACUUCUACAUCUAUGUUCAUCUCAAACUAUUAUGUGAGUAUUUUGUUUUGUAACAUCAAAUCAAAACAAGUCAUGCAUCCAAGGACAAACAGUAACAUUCAAUAGCCUUAGCUAGUUUAGCAUAGGUUUGAUGGAAUAGUUGUAUAGAAAUAGAACAUGUAAUGUGAGAUACUGAUGUACUUUCUAGUAAUACUGCAUACAUUAUGAAUUUUCUAUGUCAAGAAAGAUGCUGUCCAGUAGGAUCAGAGUAGAUAAUUGUAGUGAAAAUGCUAAGUCAUGGCUUGAAGUAGUGAUUGAACAUCUGGCAGGAAGGCAGGGCCAACACAGGGGAGCUCAGAUGUGUGCAAUGCAAUGAACCUGAGUGACCAGAAGGGUGGGAGCCAGGAUCCACCUCUUCCCAGACCUUAUUUAAGGGUUGGCAGUGAAAUCAAAGUUGUUCUGGAGAUCCUGGCAUACCUGAGGUCUUCCAAAGGCAUCAUGGUUUGGGCAAAUGGGAUGAGCAUCUGUGCCAGAUUUCUUAUGUGGCUUCUUCUCCUGUUUAUGUUCAUCAGGAAGGUAGUGCCUGAAGAUAAUGUUAUUACAACCGAGAAAGGCAGAGUAAGAGGGACGAACCUGCAGGUACUGGGAGGGACUGUGACAGCCUUCCUUGGAAUACCUUAUGGAAAACCACCCAUUGGUAGACUGAGAUUUCAAAAACCAGAGCCUUUCGAGAAGUGGUCAGGUAUUUGGAAUGCCACUAAACAUGCAAACUCCUGUUACCAGCUUAUAGAUACAACUUAUCCUGGGUUUCCUGGAACAGAGAUGUGGAAUCCAAAAACUAACCUUAGUGAAGACUGCUUAUACCUCAAUGUAUGGAUUCCUUCUCCCAAGCCCAAGAAUGCAACUGUCAUGGUUUGGAUUUAUGGGGGUAGCUUUGAGACUGGGUCAGCUUCCCUACCUGUCUAUGAUGGCAAGUUUCUAGCCAGAGUAGAAAGAGUCAUUGUAGUUUCCAUGAACUACAGAACUGGUGCGUUAGGAUUUUUGGCUUUGCCAGGAAACAAGGAAGUUCCUGGAAAUGCAGGUUUAUUUGAUCAAAGAUUGGCACUUCAGUGGGUCCAGGAGAACAUAGCAUCUUUUGGAGGCAACCCAAAAAGUGUGACUAUAUUUGGAGAAAGUGCUGGCUCAGCUUCUGUCAGCUACCACAUCCUUUCACCUAAAAGCCAUCCUUUAUUCACAAGAGCCAUCAUGCAAAGUGGAUCUGCAAAUGCCCCUUGGGCUGCAAUUACAGCAUCGGAAGCCAGAAGGAGAACAGUGGCUUUAGCUAAACAACUCAAGUGUCCCACCAGCGAUGAGACAGAGUUAAUUCUUUGCCUCCAAGACAAGGACCCCAAGGACAUAUUGGAGAAUGAAGUUUAUGUAGUAAAAUAUUUCUCUCUUUUGCACAUUUAUUUUUGUCCAACUGUGGAUGGUGAUUUUCUCGCGGACAUGCCAGAAGCAUUGAUCAAGAAUGGCAUUUUCAAGCAAACACAGGUUUUGGUUGGUGUUAACAAGGAUGAAGGAACGAGUUUUCUAGUAUAUGGAGUCCCUGGCUUCAGCAAGGACAGUGAUAGUUUGAUCAAUAAAACACAAUUUGAAGUAGCUUUAACUCUGUCCUUUCCACAAGUGAGCAAACUUGCUAUAGAAUCUAUCAUUUUUCAAUACACGGAUUGGGAAAAUGAGCAAAAGCCAGAACAUUACCGCGAUGCCAUGGAUGACGUUAUUGGGGACUACCAUAUAAUAUGUCCUGCAGUGGAGUUUGCCAAAACAAUUGCAGAAGUAGGGAACAACGUGUUCUUUUACUUCUUUGAACAUCGAUCCUCAAAACUCCCUUGGCCAGAGUGGAUGGGAGUAAUGCACGGUUAUGAGAUUGAAUUUGUGUUCGGAUUGCCUCUAGAAAGAAGAGUUAAUUACACCAAGGCUGAAGAAAUCUUGAGCCGGUCCAUGUUAAGAUAUUGGGCAAGUUUUGCGAAAACUGGAAAUCCAAAUGGGACCCUGAUUAAUGGAACAAGAUGGCCAGUCUUCACCAGUACUGAACAAAAAUAUUUAACAUUAAAUACUGAUGCUUCGGAAAUACUUACAAAACUACGUGCUCAGCAGUGUCGGUUCUGGAAUAUGUUUUUCCCCAAAGUACUGGAAAUGACAGGAAAUAUUGAUGAAGCAGAACGAGAGUGGAAAGCAGGAUUCCAUCGCUGGAACAAUUACAUGUCAGACUGGAAAAAUCAAUUUAAUGAUUACACCAGCAAGAAGGAGAGAUGCGCAGGCUCUAAUUAAUAUGUUUACUCUAUCCAGUAUGUUCUUAUUACUGAUCAAGGCAAGUAUAGUGGUAGUUAUCUGACGUGGCUAGCAUUGAAUACGUUAAGCAGAUUAAAAAAAUAUUAUGGAUAUAAUUUUGAUUCCCCAGAUCUUUCAUUUAUAUUUUACCUCAUAUCUCAAUAAACAAUAUAAAACAUCCAUACUCUUUGAAGCUUCACUGCUUCACUGUGCUAAAUAGGACUACAGAGAUUAAAGUCUGAAGAUUAAUGGUGUACAUAUUAUAAACACUAGCUGCUUAAAUUCUCACUUCAAAGAUGCAAUGUAAUCUGUUAUAGAAAAAAAUGGAUUUUUUUUAGCAGAAAUGGCAGUGUUUUACAGUACUGCUAUGCAAAACACAAUUGUUUUUGAUCUUUAACUGCAAUGCCACAGCACUUAAGCUUUGCUUCAGAUAUAAUUUAAUUGACAUAAAUAUAAAGAGAUUACAACUUUGCUGGACACGCCAAACAAUAUUUGCUUGUUAGACCAAAAAGUUUUAAGACAGGCAUUAAAGCCUGAAUCAUUGCUUUUUUAUAUGGCAAAAUCUGUAGGACAAAGCCAUAGUAGGAGAAUAUUCAGACUAUCUACUGAAAGCCUAAAUCACUCUGUGCAAGUCCAAAAGUGAAAUAAGCCAGAAAACCUGAGGCCUGUGCUUCUGUUACCCUCAUUUUUUCAAGGAGUAAGAAAGUUCUAGGUUCAUGAAGUCAUAAACUCACAGCUCUCCCUGUUCAGGUGCCCAAUGUCUUUGUCCAGCGCAAGUCUCUGCAAUUAAGGUGACUCUCCAGCUAUGGAAAUUUUGUACACUGAGUUAUCUUGCAGUUGAAGGAGAGGCCCAUGUGUACUGGAACAUGGUGGACUCACUUUUAAACCUGUAGAAUGCUGACCUUUGCAUUGUCAGGCUCAUCAGAUGUCAGCCACUAAAGGCCUGCUAAGGAAGGCUGAGAAGGACCUCACUGCAAAAGAACAUUGGGAUGUGGUGGGAAAGACCCAGAUCUUUAGCAUGGUCAAAUGAACUCCAUUUGUCAUGCACGUAGGCAUCUCCUCAACUGCUUCCUACCCACUCGAGAUGAAUCUAUUAGAUGGUCCUAAAAAUAUCCUGUGGAUUGCUCUUCCUCCUACUUUUCUGCUUCUGGAUAAGGUUGGAAGUUGUAUGCCUCAAUAACACCUUAAAUAGCUGCCUUUUACUGGCCCAUCUGGGAGGAAUAAAUGUCAAAAAUUUGACAAACAUAAAGAGUAUGUAAAAGCAACAGCCCAUCUCAUAAAUAAAUUAUUCUGAAGCUUUCUGUAAAAGUAAUAGCCUUUCAGUGCAUCUAUUUUCUGUUCUAGUGAUUAUGAGCUCUUGCAAAAUUCCUUCUCAAAUUUAAUAUACUGAAGAGAUCUAGAUAAGGAACUGAGAGUGGUCUCUUUGUGGCUGUCAGUCUGACCAGAUGGGAUCCCCAUUACAUGAACAAAAAAAAAAGUGCAGAAAAUCCAUCCUCUGCUACUGAAGAUGGCUUACCUUUUCAUGGUUAUUUCUAGGCUAUUUUAUGGAAAACCAUCUUUAACACAGAAUUUCAAAAGACUUCAUCCUAAACAGUCAAAAAACUGGUCAUUUUUGGGCAGGCUGAUUAAAAUUUGCCUGUAUUCAGGAUUAAAAAACAUUCUUCACACAGCAUGUUACGUUUGUACCACAAGUAGUUGGCUCACUACAUACAUUAGCAUAGUUACUGUUAUUAAUAAUAGCAUGGAGAUCUGUAUCAUUUUGUGGCAUGUUGGCUAUUUACUGGAUAUUCUUCAUACCACUGAAACACCAUCAAGGGUAAUCCACCUGUCAUCACUGAGCUGGCUUUAGAUCUCUCCAUUUUACUUACACAGUCUGCUUAAUAGAGAUGCUGGAUGCUAAUCUGCCACAGAGAGCCUUGAAAUAGCACCCAAGCAUAUUUAGAAGCAACGUUUGUCUUGAUAUCUUUUUUGUGGUUGUGUUUCACUAUCUAUCUAAUCAGUCUAAUCUUUGGGGGGAAAAGAAAGCUAAUUAAAAUGCUUAAAUAAUCUUUGGGAAGGGCAGCCUAUAAAAUAUUUUGCUGUGAAGGUGUCCUCUUUGUGUGCUGUGCGCUAGUCUGGCUAAGGUCUCCUUGAACACUGACGCUCUUUCUGGAGUAUUUCUACCAUGUCUGUGACAUGUUCUUAAAUAAAGGGAGGGAAGAAAGAUAAACAGAGAAAAAUAAAUCUUAAAUCACUUUGAA